AUGGCUCACCUGCCCCAAUCUCUGGAUUGCUGCGGAGGACUGGAUAAUGUGGAUUAUAGUAAGGUUGAUCCCUCGGCCAUGGCUUUCCUCCUCAGUUACGUAGACCUUACGGACUCAGUUUUUGGGGUGGCUGUCUUUUUCAUUGCCUUCAACCCCCUCUUCUGGAAUACGGUAGCCAGAUGGGAGCACAGAACCCGGUCUCUGACGCACCUCUUCCGUUCCCCGUACACCGCCUGCUACUCCCUUGGAGCCGUCAUCUUGCUGCUUAAUUUCCUGCGGAGUCACUGUUUUGCGGAAGCGAUGAAGAGCCAGCCCAAACUGCAAGUUCUGGACUCCCUCCCUGGCUACUAUGCCGGAGCCGGACUGGUGGCAAUAGGCGUUGUGUUCGUUCUCUCCAGUUUCCUCGCUCUGGGCUUUGUCGGAACGUUUUUGGGCGACUACUUUGGGAUCCUCAUGGAGGCCAAGGUGACCUGUUUCCCGUUCAGCGUACUGGACAACCCGAUGUACUGGGGCAGUACCAGCAUCUACCUGGGAUGGGCCGUCAUGCUCGCGAGUCCAGCUGGUCUCCUCCUGACCGCAGUCGUGGCUCUGUGCUACACAAUUGCUCUGCGGUACGAAGGGCCAUUCACCGAACAAAUCUAUCGCCAGAAAGCAGCCAAGAGCAAAUAGCCGCAGCUGCA